AUGUGCACACCUGCCAAGAGGAUUGCAACAGUUGACGCCCUGGAUCUUAGCCACAAGCCAACCCUAGAUAUGGUUGCUGGUUCUGACGUCAUUGUUUUGAGUGAAGAUGACGAUGAAAAGGCAACGCCAUUGGGUUCAGAUACGGAGAAAGAGAACUCACCGUUUGGGAAAAACGCUAGUGAUGUCAAAUCGUUAUUGAUAUCACUAGAAAAUGAAUUGCGUCAGGAGGAGGCUGCCCUUUUACUUCUUCAAAAGUUGCGUGAAAGCCAGAAUCCCAAUAGCGCCGUCAGUUCUCGCUCAGCCUCAAAAUCUGCGCUUCAUUCUUCUCAUUCUUUGUACAGUAAUGUAAGUGCCAGUGGACAGAGAACGACGUCCGCUCUAAGUUCUUCUCAAAGGGCUGCCCAACCUUCCCAACAACCAAAAACUAUAACUCAGGCCGUACCUCAAUCAAGUUCUCCCAUCCCCGCACCUAAAGUGACAAAGCAGGCGGCCUUGCAAUCACUGGAACAACUUUAUGCUACUAAAAAGGCUGUUUUGAGAAAACAAUUAGAGCGGAAUUUGGAAAAAGUUAGUUUGCCGACACCGACAACUGGAACUGGUUUCUGCGAAGUUGCUUUUAUACCCAGUACAAUCACGGCUGAAUUUACGUCUUUAUUGGGUCUUGAAGAAGUAGUCCGUACCAUUCAAGAUUUUGAUCCAUCUAAUCUGGGAAAACCCUCAGAACCUCGCUGCACUUUCAGUCCCUUUUCUUGUGUAAAAUGUGGCACCGAUUUUACACCGGUGUGGAAGCGCGAGAAGGCAGGUUCUACCAAUGUUGUGUGCGAAGCCUGCUUAACAGGAACUCAAAGACUAACGUUGAAAAGGGAGUAUGAAGAAGCCGUCCAGCAAGUCCUGCAACUGCACGUCAGUUCUGAGCGUGAGAUAGAACGGGAGUACCAGGAUAUUAUUAAUACUCCCUCUAAGCUGGAUAGUUAUAUCAAGGAACAGGAAAAGAAGCUCCUGGUUACUCAUCAGGCUCAACAACAACAGCUCGCCCAGCAACAAGCGGCCUACAGUCAACGCUAUAACAGCAAGGCAGUGAACACAACAACCGCGGGCCUUCGACAGUCCCCGUCUACUGUUGUGGGCGGCACUUCUGUAGCAGCCGCAGCUCAUCAGCGGUCCCGUUUUGCAGCGACAGCAAAUUCCAGCAGUACUAGUGUUGCACCCUCUCCGACAGUCGCGAACUCUUCCGCUCAAGCAGCCGCUCAGGCCGCUGCGGCCGCCCAGAUAGCAUUACAGCAAUACGCCAAAGCCAUUAGCAGUGCCUCUACAACCUCUGCCACAUCACCCACAGCAACUGCUGCUCUGAUGAUGGCUGCGGUGGCCAACAACCAGCAGCAACAGCAGGCAGCCGCGGCAGCAGCUGCACUGCAGCAGCAACGUCUCGCAGCAGCACAGCUCCUCUCAGGUCUCCAGGCCCAACAGCAACAGCAGGCUGUUGCCGCUGCUUCGUCCACACCAACGACCAGUGACCACGCAGCAAAUGCCCUCAACCAAAUUCAGACCCUCCUCAUGAGCACUGCUCUCAUCGGAGGAGCUGGAGGGGGUGCAGGGAACCAGAGUGCAAACUCACGACAGCAGCUGCUUCAGCAGGCAAUGCAAUACCUCCUACUACAGCAGCAACAGCAACAGGCCCAGCAACAGGCCGCUGCAGCCCAAGCAGCCGCCGCCCAGGCAGCUCAGCAAAACGCCGUCAUCACACACUUCCUCAGCCAAAUUCAGAGUAAUCCCACCGCCUACUUUAACCUAAUGCAGCUCUGGGCAGCGUCGGGUCUUGGAGGUGCCGCAGGUAAUGGUGGUGUUCCUGGCAAGAAGUAG